AUGGACCCUCAUCCUGACCCCGGUCAGCAGGGGAUGGACCCUCAUCCUGACCCCGCUCAGCAGGGGAUGGUCCCUCAUCCUGACCCCGCUCAGCAGGGGAUGGUCCCUCAUCCUGACCCCGCUCAGCAGGGGAUGGUCCCUCAUCCUGACCCCGCUCAGCAGGGGAUGGUCCCUCCUCCUUACCCCGCUCAGCAGGGGAUGGUCCCUCAUCCUGACCCCGCUCAGCAGGGGAUGGUCCCUCAUCCUGACCCCGCUCAGCAGGGGAUGGUCCCUCAUCCUGACCACGGUCAGCAGGGGAUGGUCCCUCAUCCUGACCUCGGUCAGCAGGGGACGGUCCCUCAUCCUGACCUCGGUGAGCAGGGGACGGACCCUCAUCCUGACCCCGGUGAGCAGGGGACGGACCCUCAUCCUGACCCCGGUGAGCAGGGGACGGACCCUCAUCCUGACCCCGGUGAGCAGGGGACGGACCCUCAUCCUGACCCCGGUGAGCAGGGGACGGACCCUCAUCCUGACCCCGGUGAGCAGGGGACGGACCCUCAUCCUGACCCCGGUGAGCAGGGGACGGACCCUCAUCCUGACCCCGGUGAGCAGGGGACGGACCCUCAUCCUGACCCCGGUGAGCAGGGGACGGACUCUCAUCCUGACCCCGGUGAGCAGGGGACGGACCCUCAUCCUGACCCCGGUGAGCAGGGGACGGACCCUCAUCCUGACCCCGGUGAGCAGGGGACGGACCCUCAUCCUGACCCCGGUGAGCAGGGGAUGGACCCUCAUCCUGACCCCGGUGAGCAGGGGACGGACCCUCAUCCUGACCCCGGUGAGCAGGGGAUGGACCCUCAUCCUGACCCCGGUGAGCAGGGGAUGGACCCUCAUCCUGACCCCGGUGAGCAGGGGAUGGACCCUCAUCCUGACCCCGGUGAGCAGGGGAUGGACCCUCAUCCUGACCCCGGUGAGCAGGGGAUGGACCCUCAUCCUGACCCCGGUGAGCAGGGGACGGACCCUCAUCCUGACCCCGGUGAGCAGGGGACGGACCCUCAUCCUGACCCCGGUGAGCAGGGGACGGACCCUCAUCCUGACCCCGGUGAGCAGGGGACGGACCCUCAUCCUGACCCCGGUGAGCAGGGGAUGGACCCUCAUCCUGACCCCGGUGAGCAGGGGAUGGACCCUCAUCCUGACCCCGGUGAGCAGGGGAUGGACCCUCAUCCUGACCCCGCUCAGCAGGGGAUGGAUCCUCAUCCUGACCCCGCUCAGCAGGGGAUGGACCCUCAUCCUGACCCCGGUGAGCAGGGGACGGACCCUCAUCCUGACCCCGCUCAGCAGGGGACGGACCCUCAUCCUGACCCCGCUCAGCAGGGGACGGACCCUCAUCCUGACCCCGCUCAGCAGGGGAUGGACCCUCAUCCUGACCCCGCUCAGCAGGGGAUGGACCCUCAUCCUGACCCCGCUCAGCAGGGGAUGGACCCUCAUCCUGACCCCGCUCAGCAGGACACUGUUUUAUAAUCUCCACCUCCGCAUGUUCUCGUCUGAUAAUUAUAUACGGCCGGACUAUAAUAACGGA